AAAAAAAGGGUUUUGUGGGCUUGGCAAACCUUCCAUCCAGCGUACAAACAAUUGCACAAGGUUCAGUCAUUCAGUGUUUCACCACCCGUCCGCCUUAGAUCACAACCCCUCGUAUCGGAGCCGGUAUGCAAACCAUCGUGCUGUUGGUGCUGUGGGUGCUGGGAACGUCACUGGUGUUGCCAGACCCCGACACAGCCGGAGAGAAAGUGGCCGAAGAGCCCACCCCGUGUUCUAAAGGAUGCACCUGUAUGCACGACGACUACAGCCUGGACCUCAGCAUGUACUGCAGCGGUCGCAACUUCACACAAGUGCCCUCGGACAUGCCCCCGUCGACUCACUGCCUCUGGCUGGAUGGAAACCUGUUCACCUCCCUCCCAGCGGGGUCUUUUAAGGAUCUUUCUUACCUGGACUUUUUAAACCUGCAGAGUGGCGAGCUGGUGACACUCGACCCUCAGGCUUUUAAAGGACUCCGGUUGCUUGCACACGUUCACCUCGAGCGGAAUCGCAUCCGGGCGUUACCAGGUACGAUCUUCCAGAACGUUCCCAACAUUGCUUCAAUUAGUCUGCACAACAACCAACUCACUCGUCUUGAAGAAAGACUGUUUGCAGGGCUCUCACGGAUGUGGCUUCUCAACCUGGGGUGGAACUCCUUAGUGGUUUUACCUGAGACACUUUUCCACGACCUGCAAGGUCUACGGGAGCUUGUUCUCGCGGGGAAUAGACUUGCUUAUCUGCAGCCACAGCUUUUCCAAAAUCUCGUUGACCUUAAAGAGUUGGAUUUGACCGGAAAUUACCUCAAGGUCAUCAAAGCUAAUGUGUUUGUAAAACUAACUAAACUGCAUAAGCUGUACCUGGCCCAAAAUCACAUUGUUACAGUGGCACCCAGAGCCUUUGUAGGCAUGAAGUCGCUCAGAUGGAUGGAUCUCACAAACAACCGACUGACUUCUCUCCAUGACGACACUUUCUUGGGCCUCCACAGUCUUCAUGUACUGCGUCUUUCCAACAACUCAAUUGCUGGAAUUAGGCCCAGGACCUUCCGCGAUCUGCAGUAUUUAGAAGAGCUACGACUCAGCCACAACAGGAUCCGGACCUUGGGGGAAAGGAUCUUUGAGGGGCUCGGUCAUCUGGAGGUUCUAGAGCUGGGGCACAACCAGGUGAAGGAGGCGCAGGUGGGUAGUUUCACCGGGCUCCCUCACGUUGCGGUCAUCAACCUGACCGGAAGCUGCUUCCACAGUCUGCCAGACCAAAUGUUUAACGGCCUGUCAAAGCUCCACAGCCUUCAUCUGGACAGAGGUUGCCUGACGAGAGUCACAACUCAAGCUUUCACUGGACUCACUGGUUUGCGAAGGCUUUUCCUGCAGCACAACAACAUCUCUGUGGUAGAAGAACAGAGUUUCGGAGACCUGGUGGGCCUAUUGGCACUGGACUUGAGUUUCAACAUGUUGGAGGUUCUAACAACCCACACAUUCUCCGGCCUUAAGAAUUUGGAGUACUUGCUGUUGUCCAACAAUGUAUGUCGACAAUAUUUGCAGAAUGGCACGAAGCAGCUACUCCCAAGACUGCGCUAUCUGGACCUGAGAGCGAACACCUUGAGCAGCAUAGUGCCUGAUUUUCCAGACAACAUGGAAAAACUUUUGCUGUCCUUGAACCGGUGGAAGUGUGACUGCGGCACCCUCCCACUCAGAAACUACAGCCUGAGGAAUCCGUCGGUGAUACCUCGGCAAGUGGAGACGCACGCAGAGGGCGAAGAGCCCGACACGACCAUCACCAUAUUCAACAAUAUCACAUGCAUCAGCCCGCCGCGUCUUGUUGGUCAGGACUUGCGAGAUAUUGACAGUGAAUUCUUCAAAAACUGCUAAACCAUUUUUAACAAUUGAUAUCCUCCCAUUUUAAAAAAGUAAUAAGAAUGUAUGACACUGGUUCUUGUUUUGCAUUUACAGGUAAAUAUUGUAACCUGUACCCUUUAGAGAAAAUGGUUCCAGUAUAUACCAGCGAUGCUAUGAAUUUCUUUGGAUUAAAAGACACAUUUAGCUUGAACUAAAUGUAACUGCAACCGGCAAAUUGUUGAUCUCUCUAGAGACGAAGAACCUAAAAGGAGUUUGUCUAAAUCCAGCUCAAAUGCUGUAGGCUAUUUAGUUUGCAUAAACAAACCUCUACCACUUUGGGAUCAGAUUAUGGAAACGUGUUGAGGCAAACAACAAAAUAGAUAGCUUUAAAUUUGAUGCAUUUUUUUUUUUAUAUAUAUAUUUUGACGUUAAUUUGUGUCCUUGGACUGUUCUUCAUAAGGACAAAUGGAGUGGGGGAUAGCCGGUCCAAACCGGUUGCAAAGAAAUGUCACACCGGCCUACAAUUUGAAAUGCAAAUCUAAAAUGGCAUUUUCCAAAACUUUUAAGUUCAGCCCAUUAAACUUGAGUAAAAUAAUCCCUAUUUAGUCGAAAAUUACUGAUUAGCCUCGUUAAACAAACUUUGGCAAAAUUUACCGGAAAGGAUGAAAUGUGAGUACAACUCUGAAACAAAAAAGUCUUUAAGAUGUUUUUUUUGGUGUGACUUGUUUGACACUAAAAACAAAACACAGUUGGAAAAUUGUCUUCAAGUGUAAUAAAUGUUUUCAACUUG